CUGGCAACAUUUGCAGUUUGCGUCAAUCAUUAAACUGAGUCGGGCAUAUUGGAAAUUCUCCGUAUCUAUCUACUUUAGGUGAAAAUUAUAUUUCAUUCAUUUCGCAAGUGAAUCUGAGAUUAUUUGAGUUGUGAAAAUGGAGUGGUCAGUGCCCGUGAACAGCAUGCUCAAGGAUGAAGUGAAUAAGCUGAAUUAUACACUGAUCCCAGAAGGCUUCAAGGGUGAUGUGAGGGAGGUCAGGCUGAUGCAGGAAUGUCUGUCGAAGCUGAUCGACGGGCUGGGCGAGCAGUCGGCGGACGCGCAGGGCCUCAACAAGGUCAUCACCACCGCUGAGAAGCUGCGUAACACCGCCACGCAUGUACUGUACUUGCUCAAGGAUGCCAACGCCAAGGACGGGAGCGGCGACGUGAUCGGCAUGCUGAAGGUGGGCCGCAAGCACCUGUUCCUGUUCGACGAGCACGACCAGGUGUGCGAGGUGGAGCCGCUGUGCGUGCUCGACUUCUACGUGAAGCGCGACCGCCAGCGGCACGGCUACGGGCGCCUGCUCUUCGACCACAUGCUCGCGGAUAAUGAGACGUCGCCGUUCGAGAUCGCGAUCGAUGGGCCGUCACCGAAGAUGGAGCAGUUCUUGGCGCGCAACUACGGCGUCGACCGACUGUUGCACCAAAAUAACAAUUUCGCCGUCGCGCCGCAGUUCUUCCAGCACACCAACGAGCUCAGGUCGUCGUUGUGCAGCACGCCGGCGGUGUCUGCUGCCGUCGGCCGCUUCGCCGCCCCCAAGCCCGCCUCCGCCAUCGCCAACGUCAUCCACGGCACCGGCGCCCUGUACCGGCCCAAGAGCAGCGGACGCACUUUACAGCGUACUCGUACGAUAUAUUAUGAUGUUUUGGUUUCGUGUAUGACACAACGAGGCGCAUGUGGUUCGCGAACAGCGUCAGUGUCACCGUGUUGGUGGUGCUUAAAUAACGGGCUACGCGAUGGUGUUUUGUACCCAAGGAGGAGCUCCACAAUCACGUCGCCCGUCGAGGAGGCGCCGCCCUCGACGCUCGCGGCGCAGCCCGAGCCCGAGCCGCCGCGCGCCUCCGAGCCGCAGCCCGAGGCGGCGCCGGCGGCCGACCCUGCCCUCGCGGCCGCGGAACACAAGAGCCCGGAGCGGCCGUCGUCGCUGCACGUGGUGGCGGCGGCGAGCGGAGGCGCGGGCGGCAGCUCGGAGACGGCUGGCGCGGAGCCCUCGCCCGCGGGUUCGGCGGUGUCGCGCCGCGACUCGCAGCUUACCGAUCAGGGCUUCUUUGACGUAAAAUUCUACCACAACAAGCUGUGGUAAAUGUCCGCCCUCCGGUGAAAUCCACCUCAACUGAGCCACGACCUCAAUUUUAUGCAUUUUUCUUAAAUUUUAUCAAUGAUAAUGUCGCUCUGUCGUCUCUUUGGUCUGAUUCGACCUGUAAGUUUUAGUGUAUACAAUGUUUUACCGUACAAUAAAUAUUAUUAUUCGAUCCGAUUAGGUAUAAGUGUUUAGCGGAUAGAAGCGGCCCACUCGAGCGCCGCGCCGCUGGUCUCCGAGAAGUUUGUGUGUGGGGCGGUCGCCGCGCCCUCUGUACAUUCCCACGCGUAUGCAUGUGUUCCCGUGCGCACUCGUGCACGUAGUUUUAAAAGAUUUUAUUUAAUUUCACUUGUAUUUAUGUCCUGGAUGUUUUCUAAGACUAGCCUAGACUAUACACCUCCCAUUCGCCAAAGUAACACUUGAUGCGCUUGCACUUGUGUACCACUCCCAUAGUCUUCCCCGCCACUGGCCAUCUCCCCAUUCUCACAUUACACUUGCGCUAGUGACGACGUGGUGCUCAUGUCCAUCUUGACUGCUCCUUUGUAUACUGCAUCGAGUAUCUCAUUGUUGGCACUUGGCAUGUAGCAGGACCCUUUAGGUAAAUGCAACUAAUUGAAGACACGGUUAUUCUAUUAGAGUAUAGUGUUAUUAUUUACGUGCGCACAUAAGGUGCGCGCCGUGUUCGCUGUGGACUGAGCUCGAGUUCGCGCGGGAACUGUGUUCUAAUUGUGCAACGGUUGUUUUGUUUCCUUCACAUCACAUCUGCUGUAUUAUAUUGACAGACUAUGUUUUUGUAACAUUAUAAUAAUUUUAUAUUAUAAUAAUUACGUACUAGGUACCUACUGUCUGCGAGAAGUGUGCAAUCAGUAUUAGGUAUAAGGUUGAGCGAAGUGCGAACAGUGUAACUGCGCCUGUUCAGUAUAUAGAUAAUGUACAAUAUCUCCUACAAGGGACACCUACAUGGAUCUGUGCCGCACGCGGCAGAUUUCGCUUUGUAUUCUGUCGUAUUUAUAAGCUGUGUCGAGUAUACUCGUGCAAUACAUAGAUACUGGUUGUAUUUCUUUGUUCAAAACAUUGAAGACUGGUCGCCGUCACGUGACCGCGCCCUAAUAUUUUGGCCUCUUGAUAAUAUAUGUAUUGGUUGAUGUAUAAUUAAAGCUAUAUUUAAUCUCAA